AUGGAUGAAGCUCUCUCUGGCGCAGAGUCGAUCGACUCUCCGCCUCCAUCUCCGAGCCUCUCUCGCUCUCCUUCAUACGCUGGUUCUGUGACCAAUAGCGAUGACUGGGAUUUUCCUCCGAUGGACAAACUCACUGUAUUUGACUUUCUCGACCAAUUUACACUCCCACAACAGCUGGAGAAAAUAAAUAAGCGCAUACAGCUCCAGAGCGAGACUCUCAAAAAACACAGGGACAAAGUAAAGCUUCAAUAUGUCAAGCAUAAGGAAACUGUCCUCAAAAAAACAGAUGUGGAACUAGAGAAAUACAAAGAUAAGUUUAGUCAGGGUCUUGAUAAGCUUGUCGAUAAAUGGGGGGAUACCAAAGUUAUUUCUUCAAGAGAGAAGAUCGCGUUCGUGGUUGGUGUCUGCAACAUCUUCAUCACAGGUCUUUUAAUUGGCGGGCAUCCGUUCGAAGGCGCGAUAAAAUUGCCGCUGGUCGUCCAACAUCGUUUACUUGGCUCCGAAAAAGUUACUCCAAGACUUGGAUCGGAAAACUGGUCCUGCGGCUCCCAACAAAUCUUCAAGAUCGAUGUGUUUGGUACACGCUUCCAAAAAGAGCUGGAGCAGUUGAAAAAAGAUGUCGCAAGGUGGAAGGAGGCACCCCCAAGUCCUCAAGCCACCCCGAGUGAUGAGAAUACUCAAAAAGAUGCCGGAGAUGGCCAUAAAACUGACAACCUCGAAAAUAUUGAGCCGUUGAACAUGAAGACAACAACUACAGCUUCUUCUAAGGAAGAGACAAAACAAGGUAGCGAAGUCAGAGAGAGAAACGUCACUACUAGCGUUACAACUCAGACGACAUCACAUUGA